AAAAAAAAAUCUCAUUAUCACACCAAAAAAUAUCUAUUUUUGCUUAAUAUCACUGAAUAUGCCGUCAGUGAAAAGUCAAGUUUAUAAAUUGGGUCCUUUGCUUUCAGGGAGCUGCAACACCUCAUCAUGGAGGGGUGUCCUGUCCGGGUUGCAUAUGUCACUGUGUUUGCACCCAGUCAAGGAGGACACAGGGGUUACCACUCCCACUCAUGGGGGAGGCAGUACUCAGGUCGGCCUCUUACCCAACCAAACUUGGGUCCACUAGCCCACACGCAGUAAAGCCCAUGCACUGACACAGGGUGUGGGUGAAGUGCAGCAUUUAUCACAGGGCACCGAGCAAGGUGUCCAGGUAGCUAGUGCUAGAAAGGCCCAAACUCCCCCGACAGCUUUCAGGGAAAGGUUUCUAAAGACAGGGUGAGGGAGGGGCGUUGUGGGGUGCGUGAUCAGCUCGUGGACACUCUUCUGAUUGGUCAGUGGCGAGGUAAUCAAGAGUCAACACUGUCAACCUGGUUCCAGCUGGUCUGAAGUCUACCUGCUUGUGAUCAGCAUGCGGUCAACUUCUUCCACCUGGUGGGAGUUUCAGUAUCUGCAAAGCAGCUCAAAGGAAAUGGCUCCGAAUAUUAUCCACAGCCCUUGAGGGGGAACUAAAGGUCCCUGACUUUAAUAGCUAAACCCUUCUUAUUUUGUCUUACAGGACUCUUUUCCUUUCGUCUGUAUUUUCUUCUCUGAUUAAUUUUUCUCUUUGGAACUCAGGGAAAGCCUAGGAGGCUAAAACUCUCCUGCGGGCGAGAGGCUGGUGGAGGAUCUGGGUGUGGGGGAGAGGGUCUGUUCUGGGAAAGCCCCACAGGGUCCUGCUCUGGUACAGGACCAGGUUAGAAAGACCAACUCACUUGUCUUGGAUUUUUUAUUUGUAGAACAGGGAUAACUGAGGAUGAGAUGAGAUGCUGUGAGAACAGUGCUCACCUGCGGCAGGAGGUGGGCGGUUACUAUGAGACGCGCAGGCGUCCUUCCGGAGCCGUGGAGACGCUCUGUGGCUGGAUCUGGGUGGUGACUUGCGUAGCUCAGGAGGUGUUAAGUAUAAACUUCGGGUGUUUGCAUUUGAUUGUCUGUAAUCUAUAACUCAAAAAAAAAAGAAAACAACUGAGGAGGGGAAGGAGAGUUCCCACGAAGGGCACUUGAAAGAAAACAGUGCGAUGUGGAGAAGGUAUCGGCCAUCGCGCAGCGAUUCACUGCAGCUCGGACACAGGGAGGCGCGGUACCAGCUCCUCCAGGUUGCAGAGUUGACUGUUCUGCUAGAGGGAUGAUCCCUGUCCUGGACUCAUGUUUUCGGCAGAGCCCCCAGCCCCAGCCCAUCCCAGUGAUGGGAAAAGCCAUGACGCUUUCGCACUUUGGGAAGAGAAAUGUAGUGAGGAGGAAGAAGCGUGAUGGAAAGAAGGACGACAGGCUGCGUGAUUUGGAAAAGCUGGGGUGGAAGGCUGUCGGCACUUCAGAGCUGAGGCUGGGCUCAGUAAUGUGACCUGGGGCUGUUUUACAACGAACUCAGGGAAGACCUGUAUGGAAAACAUCCUUUCGGCUUCCUGGAGGUCUGAUUACCCACGACUGCUGUUGUCCGCUGUCCUCCCGUGGGUGUGACCCUCAGCCGACACCAUGAGCAGCGGCACCGAAAUGGAAGUGUUCGGCAUAGCCGCUCCCUUCCUCCGGAAGUCAGAAAAGGAGAGGAUCGAGGCUCAGAACCAGCCUUUUGAUGCCAAAACCUACUGCUUUGUGGUCGACUCAAAGGAAGAAUACGCCAAGGGGAAAAUUAAGAGUACCCAGGAUGGGAAGGUCACGGUGGAAACCGAAGACAACAGGACCCUGGUGGUGAAGCCAGAGGACGUGUACGCGAUGAACCCGCCCAAGUUCGACCGGAUCGAGGACAUGGCCAUGUUGACGCACCUGAAUGAACCGGCCGUGCUGUACAACCUCAAGGACCGCUACACCUCCUGGAUGAUCUACACCUACUCGGGCCUCUUCUGUGUCACUGUCAACCCUUACAAGUGGCUGCCGGUGUACAACCCCGAGGUGGUGGAGGGCUACCGGGGCAAAAAGCGCCAGGAGGCCCCGCCCCACAUCUUCUCCAUCUCUGACAAUGCGUAUCAGUUCAUGCUCACAGAUCGUGAAAACCAGUCUAUUCUGAUCACCGGAGAAUCCGGGGCAGGAAAGACUGUGAACACCAAAAGGGUCAUCCAGUACUUUGCAACAAUUGCAGCGACUGGAGACCUCGCCAAGAAGAAGGACUCCAAAAUGAGGGGGACUCUGGAAGACCAGAUCAUCAGCGCCAACCCGCUGCUGGAGGCCUUCGGGAACGCCAAGACCGUGAGGAACGACAACUCGUCCCGCUUUGGCAAGUUCAUCCGAAUCCACUUUGGUGCCACGGGCAAGCUGGCCUCUGCAGACAUUGAAACGUAUCUGCUGGAAAAAUCGAGAGUAACCUUCCAGCUGAAGGCUGAGAGGAGCUACCACAUCUUCUACCAGAUUCUUUCCAACAAGAAGCCCGAGCUCAUAGAGCUGCUGCUUAUUACAACCAACCCUUAUGACUACCCGUUCAUCAGCCAGGGGGAGAUCCUGGUGGGCAGCAUUGACGAUGCGGAGGAGCUGCUGGCUACGGAUAGCGCCAUUGACAUCCUGGGCUUCACCCCAGAGGAGAAAUGUGGACUCUACAAGCUGACAGGCGCCGUGAUGCACUACGGGAACAUGAAGUUCAAGCAGAAGCAGCGGGAGGAGCAGGCGGAGCCAGACGGCACCGAAGUGGCUGACAAGACAGCCUAUCUGAUGGGCCUGAACUCUUCGGACCUCCUGAAAGCUUUGUGCUUCCCCAGAGUGAAAGUAGGGAACGAGUAUGUUACCAAGGGCCAGACUGUGGACCAGGUGCACCAUGCCGUGAACGCCCUCUCCAAAUCCGUCUACGAGAAGCUGUUCCUGUGGAUGGUCACCCGCAUCAACCAGCAGCUGGACACCAAACUGCCAAGACAGCACUUCAUUGGCGUCCUGGACAUCGCGGGCUUUGAGAUCUUUGAGUACAACAGCCUGGAGCAGCUGUGCAUCAACUUCACCAACGAGAAGCUGCAGCAGUUCUUCAACCACCACAUGUUCGUGCUGGAGCAGGAGGAGUACAAGAAGGAGGGCAUCGAGUGGGAGUUCAUCGACUUCGGGAUGGACCUGGCCGCCUGCAUUGAGCUCAUCGAGAAGCCGAUGGGCAUCUUCUCCAUCCUGGAAGAGGAGUGCAUGUUCCCCAAGGCCACAGACACCUCCUUCAAGAACAAGCUGUAUGACCAGCACCUGGGCAAGUCCAGCAACUUCCAGAAGCCCAAGGCGGUCAAGGGCAGGGCCGAGGCCCACUUCUCGCUGAUCCACUACGCGGGCACCGUGGACUACAGCGUCUCGGGCUGGCUGGAGAAGAACAAGGACCCCCUGAACGAGACGGCGGUCGGCCUGUACCAGAAGUCCUCCAACAGGCUCCUGGCACACCUCUACGCCACCUUCGCCAUGGCAGAUGCUGACAGUGGAAAGAAGAAAGUUGCCAAGAAAAAGGGUUCUUCCUUCCAAACCGUCUCUGCCCUUUUCAGGGAAAACCUGAACAAGCUGAUGUCAAAUUUAAGAACCACCCACCCUCACUUUGUGCGCUGUAUAAUUCCCAACGGAACCAAAACCCCAGGCGCCAUGGAGCACAGCCUUGUCCUGCACCAGCUGCGCUGCAACGGUGUGCUGGAAGGCAUCCGUAUCUGCAGGAAGGGCUUCCCGAGCAGGAUCCUCUACGGGGAUUUUAAACAAAGAUACCGAGUGCUGAAUGCCAGCGCCAUCCCUGAGGGGCAGUUCAUCGACAGCAAGAAGGCGUGUGAAAAGCUGCUGGCAUCCAUCGACACUGAUCACAGUCAGUACAAGUUUGGACACACCAAGGUGUUCUUCAAGGCUGGCUUGCUGGGAACCCUGGAGGAAAUGCGGGAUGACCGCCUGGCCAAGCUGAUCACCCGGACGCAAGCUGUGUGCAGAGGGUUCCUCAUGCGCGUGGAAUUCCAGAAGAUGGUGCAGAGAAGGGAGUCCAUCUUCUGCAUCCAGUACAACAUCCGAGCCUUCAUGAACGUCAAGCACUGGCCCUGGAUGAAACUCUUCUUCAAGAUCAAGCCCCUCCUCAAGAGCGCAGAAACCGAGAAGGAGAUGGCCACCAUGAAGGAAGAGUUCCAGAAAACUAAAGAUGAACUCGCCAAGUCAGAGGCAAAAAGGAAGGAAUUGGAGGAAAAAUUGGUGACUCUAGUACAAGAGAAGAAUGACCUGCAGCUCCAAGUACAAGCUGAAAGUGAAAACUUGUUGGAUGCAGAGGAAAGAUGUGAUCAACUGAUCAAAGCCAAGUUCCAGCUGGAGGCAAAGAUCAAGGAGGUGACUGAGAGAGCUGACGAUGAGGAAGAGAUCAAUGCUGAGCUGACGGCCAAGAAGAGGAAACUGGAGGACGAAUGUUCGGAACUGAAGAAAGACAUAGAUGACCUUGAGCUCACACUGGCCAAGGUUGAGAAGGAGAAACAUGCCACAGAGAACAAGGUUAAAAACCUUACUGAGGAACUCGCUGGUUUGGAUGAAACCAUUGCAAAGUUAACCAGGGAGAAGAAAGCCCUCCAAGAGGCCCACCAGCAGACCCUGGAUGACCUCCAGGCUGAAGAGGACAAAGUCAAUUCCUUGAGCAAAAUCAAGAGUAAACUGGAACAGCAGGUGGAUGAUCUGGAAAGCUCCCUAGAACAAGAAAAGAAGCUUCGUGUAGACCUGGAAAGGAACAAAAGGAAGCUUGAGGGAGACCUGAAGCUUGCCCACGAGUCCAUAUUGGAUCUGGAGAAUGACAAGCAACAGCUGGAUGAAAGGCUCAAGAAGAAGGAUUUCGAGUACAGUCAGCUGCAAAGCAAAGUGGAAGAUGAGCAGACUCUGGGCCUGCAGUUUCAGAAGAAAAUCAAAGAGCUACAGGCCCGCAUCGAGGAGCUGGAGGAGGAGAUCGAGGCAGAGCGGGCCUCCCGCGCCAAAGCAGAGAAGCAGCGCUCGGACCUCUCCCGGGAGCUGGAGGAGAUCAGCGAGCGGCUGGAGGAGGCGGGCGGCGUCACAUCCACCCAGAUAGAGCUCAACAAGAAGCGGGAGGCCGAGUUCCUGAAGCUGCGCCGGGACCUGGAGGAGGCCACCCUGCAGCACGAGGCCACGGCGGCCACGCUGAGGAAGAAGCACGCGGACAGUGUGGCUGAGCUGGGGGAGCAGAUUGACAACCUGCAGAGGGUCAAGCAGAAGCUGGAGAAGGAGAAGAGUGAGUUCAAGCUGGAGCUCGACGACCUCGGCAGCAAUGUGGAGAGCGUGUCCAAGUCCAAGGCGAAUCUGGAGAAAAUCUGCCGCACUCUGGAGGAUCAGUUAAGCGAGGCCAGGGGCAAGAACGAGGAAUGUCAGAGGAGCCUGAGCGAACUGACCGCACAGAAGGCACGUCUGCAGACGGAGGCCGGUGAGCUGAGUCGUCAACUGGAAGAAAAGGAGAGCAUAGUAUCGCAGCUUUCCAGAAGCAAGCAAGCAUUUACCCAGCAAGUAGAAGAGCUCAAGAGGCAGUUAGAGGAAGAGAGCAAGGCCAAGAGCGCCCUGGCCCACGCCCUGCAGUCCUCCCGCCACGACUGUGACCUGCUGCGGGAACAGUAUGAGGAGGAGCAGGAAGCCAAGGCUGAGAUGCAGAGGGCGCUGUCCAAGGCCAACAGCGAGGUGGCCCAGUGGAGGACCAAAUACGAGACGGACGCCAUCCAGCGCACGGAGGAGCUGGAGGAGGCCAAGAAGAAGCUCGCUCAGCGCCUUCAGGAUUCCGAGGGACAGGCUGAGGCGGUGAACGCUAAGUGUGCUUCCCUGGAGAAGACCAGGCAGAGGCUGCAAGCAGAGGUGGAGGACCUGAUGGGCGAUGUGGACAGAGCCAACUCCCUGGCUGCCGCUCUGGACAAGAAACAGAGGAACUUUGACAAGGUGCUCGCUGAAUGGAAAACCAAGUGUGAGGAGAGCCAGGCAGAGCUGGAGGCAUCUCUGAAGGAAUCCCGCUCCCUGAGUACUGAGCUCUUCAAACUGAAAAAUGCCUAUGAAGAAGCCUUAGAUCAACUUGAAACUGUGAAACGGGAAAAUAAGAAUUUAGAGCAGGAGAUAGCCGAUCUCACAGAACAAAUUGCCGAAAACGGUAAAACCAUCCAUGAACUGGAGAAAUCAAGAAAGCAGAUCGAGCUGGAAAAGGCUGAUAUCCAGCUGGCCCUUGAGGAAGCAGAGGCCGCUCUUGAGCAUGAAGAGGCCAAGAUCCUCCGAAUCCAGCUGGAACUCUCACAAGUGAAAUCAGAAAUCGAUAGAAAGGUGGCCGAGAAAGACGAAGAGAUCGAGCAGCUGAAGAGGAACUACCAGAGAGCAGUAGAGACGAUGCAGAGCGCCCUGGACGCCGAGGUGCGGAGCCGGAACGAGGCCAUCAGGAUCAAGAAGAAGAUGGAGGGGGACCUGAACGAAAUCGAGAUCCAGCUGAGCCACGCCAACUGCCAGGCCGCAGAGACCCUCAAACACCUCCGGAGCGUCCAGGGGCAGCUGAAGGAUACCCAGCUCCACCUGGAUGAUGCUCUCCGGGGCCAGGAGGACCUGAAGGAGCAGCUGGCGAUCGUGGAGCGCAGAGCCAACCUGCUGCAGGCCGAGAUCGAGGAGCUGCGGGCCACCCUGGAGCAGACGGAGAGAAGCAGGAAGACGGCGGAGCAGGAGCUCCUGGACGCCAGCGAGCGCGUCCAGCUCCUGCACACCCAGAACACCAGUCUCAUCCACACCAAGAAGAAGCUGGAGACAGACCUCCUGCAGCUCCAGAGCGAGGUGGAGGAUGCCAGCAGGGACGCGAGGAGCACUGAAGAGAAAGCGAAGAAGGCCAUCACGGACGCGGCCAUGAUGGCCGAGGAGCUGAAGAAGGAGCAGGACACCAGCGCCCACCUGGAGCGGAUGAAGAAGAACCUGGAGCAGACGGUGAAGGACCUGCAGCACCGCCUGGACGAGGCUGAGCAGCUGGCCCUGAAGGGCGGGAAGAAGCAGAUCCAGAAGCUGGAGGCGCGGAUCCGAGAGCUGGAGUUUGAGCUUGAAGGGGAGCAGAAGAAGAACACCGAGUCUGUCAAGGGCCUGAGGAAGUAUGAGCGGCGGGUCAAGGAGUUAACUUACCAGUGCGAAGAGGACAGGAAGAACGUGGUGAGAUUACAGGAUCUGGUGGACAAACUUCAAGUGAAGGUCAAGUCCUACAAGAGGCAGGCCGAGGAGGCUGAUGAACAAGCCAACGCGCAUCUCACCAAGUUCCGGAAAGCUCAGCAUGAGCUGGAGGAGGCUGAAGAACGGGCCGAUAUUGCCGAAUCUCAAGUCAAUAAGCUGCGCGCGAAGACCAGAGACUUCACCUCCAGCCGGAUGGUGGUCCAUGAGAGUGAAGAGUGAGUGAUCCUACGCUGGAACAGGACAGAAAAUAUGCGAAAUAUGUAUUUUCAUGGUUCCUGACCCUUAAUUUCCAUGUGAUUGCUUUUCACAUGCAAUAAAUUUUGCUUUGUUUUCAA